AUGCGGAUGGCGGAGCCUAACAAGCAGUUCCCAGCCACACAGACCCACACAAUGGCAAACUCCACGUGUGACUGCAAUGGCGGCAGAGCGGAGACCGAUGUCCUGAAAAAGCUAGAUGCUAUCUUCGCCUUUUGGGCACAACUAGCACUCAGAGAGCGACAGGUCAACAUACAAGCGACCUUACCCAGAAACGGACCCGCAAGUGCUGGCCACAGCCACGCUGUUCCCCGCUCGGAGGCAACCACAAGAUGGCGCGGAAGACGGAGACCUCACCCGCAUACCCGCAAGCGAUUGACCAAAACAGCGCUGAUAACUCGCAGGGACAAGCAGGUCCCACCUCAUCCUCACACGCACCGAAUCCCGCCAGGCAAUCUUCAAGAAGCAAACACCCACCAGGGCACCAGAACCUGUCAACAUCAAGGGGAGUUCCAGAAUCCAGGACUACCUACAAUAAAACUACAGGUACCCACAGUGACAAGCGAACAGGCCCGUCAUCGGACCUAG